UACUUUAACCGGGCAAGUGGAAGACAGGAGAAAUGUUUACUCUGUAGAUAUGUGUGAGACUUACCUGAAACGCCGGGCUGCCAGCUGGAAAUAUUUGUGGACUGUACCUUGGCUGCCACACUGUUUAGCUCAUAUAUUCUGAAUCACAGACUGCUGAGGAAAAAGACAAAGUUGAUAAUGAAAAUGGACAUGAAGGAUGCUGACAUGACUCAAUGGACGGAGGCUGAAUUUGAGGACAAAUGUACAUACAUUGUAAACGAUCACCUCUCAGAGCCCAGCACAGAAGGUUGCACUAUCACCCAGGCCGAGUCUUCUUUGCCAAGGAACUUGAUUUUCAAAUAUGCAGGAAACUGCAAAGAGGUAAUUGGAGUUAUUAGCAAAGACAUUAUCCCCAAAGGAACACGCUUUGGACCCCUGGUUGGUGAGAUCUAUACUAAUGAUACAGUUCCUAAGGAUGCAAACAGAAAAUACUUUUGGAGGAUCUAUUCUGGUGGUGAGCUUCUCCGCUUCAUUGAUGGAUUUAAUGAGGAAAAGAGCAAUUGGAUGCGUUAUGUAAACCCAGCCCGUUCUGUUCAGGAGCAGAACCUGGCUGCUUGUCAGAAUGGAAUGGACAUCUACUUUUACACCAUCAAACCCAUCCCCCCUGGACAAGAACUGCUCGUGUGGUACUGCCGAGACUUUGCAGAGAGGUUGCACUAUCCUUUCACAGGAGACCUGGUGAUGAUGAAUAUCACACAAAGGCAUGUUAAUCCAAAGCAGCAAACCAAUGACAAAGAUGAACUUUAUCAGAAAAAUGUUCCCAGAAGAGAACAUAGUGUGAAGGAAAUCCUGAAAAAUGAUUCCAGUAAUCCUAGAGGAAGGGACUUAUUCUAUAGCCACAUUUCUCCACAUACUCACGAAAAAGACUUGGAGGGCUUGAGAAAAAAUUGUAGUCCUGAAAGGCCUUUCUAUCCUCGAAUUGUCUACCCAAUCAGGCCUCACAUUCCAGAAGAUUACCUGAAAGCAUCCCUAGCUUAUGGGAUUGAGAGGCCUGGUUACAUUGCCCACUCACCUAUCCAGUCUUCUACCACACCAAGUCCCUCAGCAAGAAGUAGCCCAGACCAAAGUUUGAAAAGCUCAAGCCCUCACAGUAGCCCAGGAGUUACAGUUUCACCCCUAGCAUCUAUGACUCAAGAGCACAGAGAACCUUAUUCUUACUUGAAUGGACUUUAUAACUCAGAAGGAUUAGGGUCAUAUCCUGGAUAUGCACCCUCGAGCCACCUCUCACAAGCCUUUCCCUAUCCCAAAUUUCUGUUACCACCAUAUGGCAUGAAUAUCAACAAUUUCAAUCUCUUUCCAAGGAUGUAUCCUUUUUACAGCAGCCUACUCAGUGGAGGAAGCAUCUCUAAUCCAAUGCUGAACUCCUCUGCCCUUCCGAGUUCCUUGCCAUCUGAUGGAAGCCGCCAGCUGUUGCAACCUGACCAUCCACGGGACUUCCUCAUCCCUGCACAUAACAGUGCCUUCUCCAUCACAGGAGCCGCUGCCAGCAUGAAAGACAAGCCAUGCAGCCCAACCAGUGGAUCACCCACAGCAGGCACCGCAGCCACUUCAGAACACAUAAUGCAACCUAAACCUACCUCAGCAGUAUUGGCUGCCAGCAGCAGUGAAGAAGCCAUGAAUCUCAUCAAGAGCAAGCGAAAUAUGACUGGUUACAAAACCCUUCCAUACCCACUGAAGAAACAGAAUGGUAAAAUAAAGUAUGAAUGCAAUGUCUGCUCCAAAACCUUUGGACAGCUCUCUAAUCUGAAGGUUCAUCUUCGAGUACACAGUGGAGAAAGACCAUUCAAAUGUACUACUUGCAAUAAAGGGUUCACUCAGCUGGCUCACCUACAAAAGCACUAUCUGGUACACACAGGAGAAAAGCCCCAUGAGUGUCAGGUUUGCCAUAAACGAUUCAGCAGCACAAGCAACCUGAAGACCCACCUGCGGCUCCAUUCUGGAGAGAAGCCUUACCAGUGCAAGCUUUGCACUGCUAAAUUCACCCAGUUUGUGCAUCUGAAACUGCACAAACGACUCCACACCAGAGAGCGCCCACACAAGUGCAUCCACUGCCAUAAGAGCUAUAUCCACCUUUGUAGCCUCAAGGUCCACCUGAAGGGCAACUGCCCGGUUGUCCCUGCAUCCAACCUUUCUACAGAGGACCUUAAUCGGAUCAAUGAAGAGAUUGAGAAGUUCGACAUUAGUGACAGUGCAGACAGGUUGGACGAUGUCGAGGACAAUGUUGACAUGGCAUCUGUAGUAGAAAAAGAAAUACUUGCUGUGCUUAGAAGAGAGAUAGAAGGAGCCACUCUUAAAGCAUCAUUGCAGAGGAACCUGGGAAAUGCACUGGUCUCCUCAGGAUGCAGUCUUUAUGAAUCGUCAGAUAUGUCUAUUGUGAAGUUGCCUCAUGGUCAUCCACUACCUCGGGUACCUAUAAAGGUCAAGCAAGAAACAGUUGAACCCAUGGACCCUUAAAUGCUGUGGGAUGUGCGUGUGUAUGUAUGUGUGUGAGAGUGUGUGUAUGCGCACAUAUGCAUACUUACAUGUGCAUUUGUAUGUGUGGCAAAGAAGUGAUUUUUUUUUUUUAAUUUAUGACUUGGCAAGUCAGGGUGCCUGUAGCAGUUGCUUGUGUAUAGUGUCAGUGCUGCAAAGCAAUCUUGGCUUACAGUGGUUUCUUUAACUCCAGUUGAAAGAAGGAACUCCAAAGUUAUUUUCUCAGGGCCUGAAAAGAGGCAAGAACUGUAUAUUGCCUCUCCCGCUUCCAAAAAAGACAAUCUUUUAUCCAUAAUCAUUUUCCAGUAAUAGUUCUUCAUAAUUUAUUAUGCAAUUUACCAUUCAAAAAGCAAUAGAUAGAAAAUAUUUACAAUGAUAGGAAUAUUCAUUGUAAGUUUGAAUAUGUGUUCUCUUUUGUUUUUUUGUCUUGUGGCCAUUCUUUGUAGAAUUUAUUCCUGCACAUCUGUUUAACAAAAGAACAACAAAAUCCGAAGACUGACAGGGUUUAAAGGGGGGAAAUGUUACAUACCUGAUUCAGUUUUUGUUUUGCCAAAGGUAAAUCCUAGAGAAAUCACUUUAGUUGGAACAGUGUUGUGUAAUUGGACAAAGUGGGUAGAAAUACGAGAUUGCCCCCAAAAUGUAUGCAGCAGUCAGAGAGAGAAGGUCAUACUGCUU